AUGCAAUCGUCAUUCUUUACAACGAUCGUAUGGACGUUUUUCUUCCUCGUUUUAAAAUUAAAUUUAAAGGUAGAGUUCAUCCUUGGAGCAAACAAUGUGAGGGAAAUUAUAGAGACCAGGGAAGACCUCACCACUAUAGCCGGGGACAAAUUCUUAAGGGGCACUGAUGUCAUGGCCUACAUGGGCAAUCUCGGAAACAAGAAUUUACUUUUUUUUGCCCCUCAAAAUUUGGCCAUUGCCAACAUGUCUGCUUAUUUGAGGAGCCAACUUCUGUCGGCGUCUGCAAGCACCAUGGAUGACCUGUUUUCCUAUCAUCUUGCUCUGAACAGCAACAUGGAUCCCAGCAAAUUGAAUGACGGAACCAAAUUGAAGUUGCUAACGAAAUACAAAUCCUCUUACAUAUUCGUCAACAAAGUACCGGUACCUGUUACUAGUGAUUUAACUGAUGAUUCAAACAAUUUUAAUUCCUCAUCUGACGCGUUCUACAAGGGUUUCAACCUUUUGUGGGGUGGUGUAAUCUUCGUGAACAACGCUAAAAUUUUGAUAGCCAACUUGUGGUCAGCCAACGGGAUUGUUCACAUCAUCGACGAGAUGUUUGUUGAUGUUGGCCCAACCAAUAACGUCGUUGGAGGCUUAAAUGCCAUGGACUACAUGAAAAGCAGUCCCGAUCUCAAGGAACUCUCUACUUUGUACGCCAUAUACCAGUCUCAAGCUGACCUGAUGACCAUUCAGUUUAGCACUCCAGACAGUAAUGCCGUCAGUAACUACCUGGCCUAUGUAGACAGCUUCUGCACACUGUUUGCACCCAGCAGUGCUUUUAUAUCGGCGUACAGAACGAGGAACCCUGAUCUAUACUUCAAAAUAGCUGGGGCAUCAUCAUCCACUAUGAAGACGUUUGAAACUCAAAUAAUCAGGGAAUUCCAAGCGACUAUUUUGAGCCUCCAAUCAGAAUUCCUACUGAGCAAACUGAAAGUGGUGGGCGGAGCUGAGUACGUAGUGCCAGCUGACCGGAAGUACACGCUGUUCGCCCCUACAGCUGCUAUUUUCAAUUACAUUGAUUACAGUAAUGAUGCCAGUAUCAAAGCCCAACAAUUCAGCAUGACAUUGAUGCCAGGAGUCAUUGACCUUUCCUCUGUUACUGGGUCAUUCAAGGUCAACACCCUCAGAGAAGGUUACCAGGCAACCAUCAGUCGAAUUGGCCAAGAUGUAUUCGUUGAAGUCGAUCACGUGACAGCUCGCGUCGUCCAAUCAAACAUCUGCGCCAGGAAUGGCCUCAUACACAAGAUCGACAAGAUACUCGGCGUACCUGAGGCCAUGAUAUCCGAGUAUCUCAUGAGAUAUCCCAUCUAUAGACAAGUGUACAACACGCUACAAGAUACAGGUCUGUUGACCUUGUUUAACAACCCAACCAAUCAGCUCACACUUUUGGCUCCCAAUGCUACAGCCUUGUCCAAUCUCGACCAAAUGUUUCAAGGUCAACAAAAUAAAAAGAAAUUCAGAGACUUGGUGUCAAGACAUAUCAUAAAGUCGGUUGUGUUCCUAGAUGAAUCCAAGUUAAGUCAGAGCAGCAUGGCAUUCGACACUUACAAUGGGCAGGUUGUCGCCUCAUUCAGCAAUGGAGCUUUUUUCAUAUCCGUUGGCGAGCAGAAGGUGAAGGUCAUUCAAUCGAACAUGCGAAUGACGAACGGGGUGAUUCACGUGGUGGACAACUUCCUACCCUACCAGGCCUCCACAGCUGACCAAUCACGUCACAGAUACAUUCCCUCAUACGUUCAUAUCGCCGCUUUCUCAUCAUUCGUUUUUACGUACAUCUGUCGGUAAUAUUUUA